GUGAUUCUGACCUGCAUAUUAAUUGAAAAUUUCAAAAAUGUCAGCAACGUGGUUCAAAUCUAAUAUGCUGCAUGGUAGAUGUGACAGAAAAUUAACAGAACCGGAAUUGAAGGUCCAACAGUCUCUCCAAAAGCUAUCAAUUCCGGAUUGGUACUUAAACAAAUACACGAGUCCGCCGAAACUAUUAAAAACUAAGCCGUUUGAACUUCGUCCAUCACCCUGGAAAAAUUUUUCGCCUCAAAAAAAACUUACAAUAAAUUCAUCGACUUCUAGUUCAUCAGAUGUUGAAAAAAAUCUGAACGAGGAAACUCAAAAGGCAACAAAAAUGCCUAUCAAGAUAACCACGUGUCAUCAGGAGGAAUUGCCGUCAAUUAGCUUUAAGCAGCGCACAGAAGACAUUUUCGACAUAGACAUCCCAGUGGCGAAGUAUCUUAAACAAACUAGCAAAACGUUCCCCAAAAGGUCGCCCUCUAGAAAAUUCUGGAAUCUAAAUCUCGUUUUACCGCCCGGGCCGAAGAUCGACUUUUCCAAGGAGUUCGAAAGUACGUAUUUGGACGACGGCGACAACCUCUACGCGAAGAAGUUAAAGACCUGGAAGGAACAGGAAAAGAGCUGGAAGCAAAAUGACGCGACUGAGGAAGACGGACAAGAAGAGAACGAUAUGUUUCGAGUUCCAACAGCUCCGAUAGAACCGGCGGAUACGGAGUUUAACGUUCGCGCCACUUCUACGCCAAACUCCUCUUUCGUGAUACCAGGACCUAAAGUUGAACUAAAAGUUGGUUGCGAUAGUACUACCGAGGAUUUCUCUACGCUUCAACAAGACUCUAUAAACAGAGCGAUGAAUCUGUUGAACAUAUAUAAGAGUAUUCCAAAGUCUAGAAAAUUGUCCCCGAAUAUUUUAGAAAAGGCGUCCAUCUUCGAGAGUAAUUCGAAAUUGAACAGUCUCGAUCGAAGUUACGCGAGAGCUUCAUCCGACAAGUUGCUGUCGAAAAAGAACAUUCGAUCGAACGACUCGGUCCGCACGAAGGCGUCUAUUUUCGAAAGUAAUUCAAGCAUCGAUAACUUGAAUCGAAGUUACACGAAACCUUCAUCCAACAAGGAGAAAUUGUUACUACCGGCUGAUAUUCGAGCAAUGAAAUCGGUUCGCGAAAAGACGUUCAUCUACGAAAGUAACUCAAGUAUUAACAGCAUGGGGACAUCGUCAUUACGGAGGAACAAUCGAUCGACCAAGUCAAUUCGAGCGAAGAUGGCCGUCUUCGAGAGUAGCGUGGAUAGUGCUGAUCAGAAUUACAUAAAAUCUUCAAUCAACAAGGUGAAACCGUUGUCAGCGAAAAAUAAUCGAUCGACCGACUCGAGCAUGAACAAUUUCGAUCGAAGUUACGCCGGUACUUCGUCCGAAAGUCUGAACUUUCAAUCAAACGACGAAUAUCCCCCGAUCCCGGUUUGCGAGGUAGUGAGGCAGCUGGAGGUUCCUCGUCCGCCAAGAAACAAGGUGAAGAAGAGGAACCCCGACGCCGUUAGGAGUUCGAUUAACAUCGAAGAGAAAGUGUUUGACAAGAAACUGGUAGACAUCCGUUCUCGAGAGAAGAGAAGGAAAGUCGACGAAAAAUGGUCGUACACCAAGUUCCUAGGUUUGGAGAAGAAUCUGGCGAGGAACAAACAAUGGAUUCACGAGGGGAACACGAUACAGGAAAUUAUUCGAAACUUCGAGAAAAUGAGGUUAUCAAAGUCGCGACGCGAUAGGAGCUCUGAUAGUUUCGUGAAGCAGGUAGCGAACGCCCUGGAGAAAGAGGAUAUCUCUGCGAUCAAGAAAAUGAUGCAUCAAAACGAGGAAGACGACUGCACCGAGUCAGGGACAACAUCUUACGUCACGUCGACUUUCCAGGACACGGAUACUUCUCUCGAUAGUUACGAUCAACGACCAUCCACUUCGAAAUGCGACGAGGGAAUGCAAAGAUACGACAGUGGGAGCGUAACCAUGGGAAACCUGACGGUGGAAAAAAAAACUAAACAGGAGGGAGACGAUUUCGUUUACUGGAUACCGAUAUACAAGCGUAAGCUACCGAGAAGCAGCUCCCUGUUGAGUAUCAUCUCCAAAUUAUCGAGCAAUUGUUGUUCCCCGUUGAUCAGUCCGAUCAAAAGCGAGGACGAACAUUCGCAAUGGACAAGGUGCGAAACCUCUGGCAAGAGCAACAUCGGUAAGAAGCUGUUCAAAAUCGACGAGACCGUGGUGAUAGAUUCGGGCUAUUCUGAUAAAUCUGUACUAAAUUCCGUGUCAUCGACUGCGGAUAAUAUCUGCUACAACGAUAUCGAAUUUGAACGUAAGUCUACCAACAGACGAAAAUGGUCGCCGAAACCGCUAUCGAUUGCCGGACGUAUUUAUGGCGUUCCGUAAAAGUAAAUUUUUAGCAUUGCGAUUGGACAUAAAUUCGUGAUUUUAUUUGUUUUCAUUUUAUUCGUUUUCAUUCUAUUCGUUUUCGUUCUAUUUUAUUUUAUAUUCGAGACUAAUUUUCCAUUUGACUAGAUAAGGGAUACACGUGAAAAUGAUUUGCACGAAGCGAUAUACGAGAAUGUUCGAUAAAAUAUGAUUUCUCUGGAAUUUGUGCCUUUGAAAAGAUUUUUCCAAUCGUGCCUAGCGAUUUGAACAAACGCCAGCAUACUCAUCGGUAGUCACUCUAUACUAUUUAAAAGUAAAUAGUCUUAUAAUUAUAGAGUGAGUAGUUUUACAAGUAUAGGGAGUUGAUAAUUCUGUAACUCCACUGAAUUAAAAACGUUUGAUCUAAUCGUUUUUUCUUUUUUUUUUUUUUUUUUUGUAACAUUACAAAACAAUUGUCCGACAAUAUAUUUCAGAAUCAACGCAAUUAUUAUUAAGACCUCAAAACCGAUGGACUGUCGAAAUUGAAAUGGAAUAAAAUGCACAAAUGUAAGAUUAAUUUUAACGUAAACUCACUUGCCAUAGUAAUAGAUAAAUAUAAUGACUGU